UUGAUUUUGUUCUUUUAAAUUCGUGUGGAAUAUUUUAAAAUUCAAGAAAAUAUUAUUGUGUAAAAAAUGUCGGAAUUCGGUGAUGUUAUUCUAAAUUCUGGUGAUGUGAACCAAGUCAUUGCUGAUCUGAUUGGACGUUUUGUAAUGGAUUUGUAUCAUUCUUGCUUGAUUUCAAAGGAAAGUGGCUGGGUAAUUGAAAAACGCAUUGCACGUUCUAGAUUUCAGAGUUUUAUUAAGAAUAAAGAAAAUGCUGCGAUAAGCGAAACAUACAAAUUGCAAUAUACAAACCUGGAUUUUUUACUUCGUAAAGAAAAAUUUCUUAGAUACACUCCACCUCGGAGUUUACACUAUAAAAUAAGUCGAAAUGAUCUAUUUGAUUUUCGACGUAAAAUAAUUGAAAAGAUGGACGAAAACCGUAUUUCUGGCGACAACUCUGGUCUAAAUGGAAAUAUUUUUGAUAUGUCGUUAGAUUCUAAAGAGAUUAGUGGAACUAAAAGUGAUCAGGGUUUGGAUCCUGCCUUAUCGGCUAUUCAAGAAGUUGAUCCAAACAGCAAACAUCAUGUUUUAAAUUAUGAAGGAAAAAAAAAACAAACAUCCAUUCAAAAUUAUCAUAUGACAAAUAUGGGUUGUUAUAUAUGUCAAGAAAAUUUCUCCAGUCAUGGUGAAUUCGAGAAACAUGUUCAAAAACAUGGCGAUGAAACUGAUUUUGAAAUUCUUGAAACAUAUGAAAAGUUCGAUAAUUCAAAUAUAACGCUGUCGUACCAGCUGUGCAAAAAUUCACAAUUUUUUUUAUUUACAUUGAAGACAAGCUUAAAAAGAAUUACUAUUGAAAAAAUAAUAAUAGUACAGUCGAAAUGUUUUAGUUACAUUAAAAAUGCUUCAGUACCAUAUGAAAUGCCAGAGAACGGUUGUGACACAUUCUACGUUGACUCCAACAUAUUUCGUAUAUAUGUCGAACAGCCCAUUAUGAUUUGUUAUCGUUAUGAAGGCGAUAUAUAUAUCGAACAACAUCAUUUUUUGCGGUACGAGGAGUUUCCAACUCCUUCUAUAAUGCUUAAUCCAUAUCGUUUAACUGAUAAAGUUACAUUCAAGGAGAUAGUAUUGUUAGGCAGCUACAUUCCAAUAGUUGAGGUGCGUACAGCCAUGAGAAGUGUGAAUUAUUUGGAUUCUUUGCGUCAAAACUGUCCACAGUUCGAUGAGUACAUAAAUAAUAAUAAAACACUAAAUGAAAACAAUAUAUGUCAAGUUCUACGUACUCUACUUUACAUGGAUGAUGUGGACACGCUAUUCGAAUAUUUACGGUAUGCACAAAGUAAAGUGCCAUUAAAGAAACGACAGAUGGAUUUUACACUAAAGUUGCAAUUACCUCAACGCAUAGCCAAUAGCGGACAGAUAUCUCCUUAUGAUGAAGUCGUCGUAAUAAACGAAAAAGAUCUUAAGAACUACACUACACAAGAUAAGAUAAUUAACUUGCUAAUGCAAACGAAUUUUGAGUUAAGGGCUAACAAUAAAAUGAGAAUUAUUCAUAUUGGCAUUAUUAAUGAAGUAUUCAAUAAGCGAAUUAAAGUUUCUAUGCGUUCUCCCAUACCCAAUGAUGCAUUAUACAUGGUUUUCAUUCGACCAUCUCGAAUGCCAAUUCGAUAUCAACACAGGGCUUUGGAUUUGCUUACUAGUAACGGAAAAUUAAAUAAAAAUUUUGAAGAUAUUCUUUUUCCAACUAAAAUACAAAUAACAUCAACUUCUCAUAUAAAAAGCAUCGAUUUCUUCAAUAAGAACGUAUCCGAAAAUCUAGAACAAAAAGACGCUGUAGAAAAUAUAGUCAAUAUUACACACACAAAUGCUCCAUAUAUUAUUUCCGGACCACCAGGCACUGGGAAAACAACACUUUUAGUUGAAGCUAUUUUGCAAUUGGUUCUUAAAACAUCAGAUACAAAAAUUCUUAUUACUGCAGGUUCCAAUAGCGCAUGUGAUGAAAUUGCUAGUCGACUGUUAAAAGUCAUAUCUACUGUUGAACAGUCUCACCUCCUAAUUAGAAUUUAUUCUAAAUCAAACGAGGAUAAGCGAUAUGAAUUGGAUGACUCUUUGCUGGAUUACUCCAAUAUGUACAAAUUCCAUUUCUAUCCUGACAUUGCUUCCUUGCACCAGUUUCGCAUUAUAAUUUGCACAUUAACAAUUGCGGGCAAACUAUCAACUGGAGGAUUUGGCAAAAAUAGUAAAGGCAAUGGGGUAUUCACACAUGUUUUUAUCGACGAAGCUGCAACUUCAACGGAACCAGAAACAUUAGUAGGCAUUGUCGGAAUUGUAACAAAAACAACUCGUCUAAUAUUAUCUGGUGAUCAUAAACAGUUGAGAUCUGUUAUAAAAUCCCAACGUGCAGUUGACAUGGGUCUUAGCAUCUCGUUAAUGGAACGCUUACUAAAUCGUGAAUGCUACAAUAAUGAUGAAAAUAAAAAAUAUAAUAAAUCGAUACAAAUUCAACUAAAGCGCAAUUUCCGAUGUCAUCCUCAAAUUGUAGAUCUAUUUAGUACAAUGUAUUAUGACAAACAAUUGUUAGCACAACCUAAAACUGAUGUAUAUUUUAUGUGCCAGAAAUGGCAUAAAAGUCCAAAUAAGGAAUAUCCUAUAAUAUUUCAUUCUGUUUUUGGAAACUGCAGUCGAGACAAUAACUCUUUAAGUUUUUUAAACACAACUGAAAGUGAAGUUGUCAUUGAUUACGUUAAGGAUUUGAUUUAUUUCGGCAUCAAUGGAAAAUCUAUCAACGAGGAAGAUAUCGGUAUUAUAUCACCGUAUAAGAAGCAAUACUUGUACAUAAAGGAAGAAUUAAAAAAAUUAUGUUUUCAAAACAUUGAAAUGGGCUCCGUGGAAUAUUUUCAAGGAAGAGAAAAGGAAAUAAUUAUAGUCUCAUUUGUACGAUCAUUUACAAAUGAUUUAGGUUUUCUGGAUAAUCCGAAUCGUAUUAACGUCACAAUAUCUCGUGCAAAAUCCUUACUUAUUUUAAUUGGUAAUCCUAAAACUUUGGAAAAAAGUACAGAUUUAAAAUUUAUCCAGGAAAGAUGCAUUGAACACGGGACACGUGUUGGUGCUGCAGUUUACGAUGAUACAAUUGUUGUGAAGCCUCACAAUAAAGUUAAAAAUAAUGUGAAACAUCCUUCAAAUAACAAAAACCAAAUAAGGAACUCAAAUCCUAAAAAUUCAAUUGAAGCACUAGAUACGCUGUUAAGCACUCUGCCAAAAGUGCCAACUGCCUUAAAAUCUAAAAAUACUAAAUCUGUUACAGAUACUAAACAGAUUGAAAAUCAUUUAAAAAAUUUAGGAAUAUCAGCCCAAAACACCUUACUUAAAGCAGCAUCUUCCUCCAAAUCCGGUACGGACAUGAAAACACAAGUUAAGUCUAAUACUGCAAAGAUAAAUCCGUUUUUGUCGCAUUCGAAUGACAAAUUGUUAUGUGAUCGAAAUAUUGAAAUUUCCAAUUCAAUGUGUGAAGCAAAAGCUUUCACUUCAGAGUCUUAUUUACAAAAUAGUAAUAGCCAGCGAUCAUUGAUACUUGAUAUUGGAACUUCUUCCUCUAAAACAUUAAAACCAGAAAAAUCUUUGUCGGUACGAACUACUUUAAAUGGAAAUAUUAUUUCACAUGAUUCGAAAAUUUCAAACGCAACAAUGACUAAGUCUGCGAUACCAAUUCAGAACAAUAAAUUAACAACAGUUCAUACCUCAGACCGUGAAACCAGUAGAAGUCGUAGUACCCAUAGCCCUUCUACUUCCUACACAACUACGACUGCAACAACUCCAACCUCAAGAAAUUCUUGUGCAACCUCUACAAAUGGUGCUGCAUUUGUACAGGAUAGUUCUUUCUUAAUACAGAAUAAACAUGUUACUACUAUUCCAUUCUCGUAUAGUUUAUCUGCUGCUUCUAAUAAUUUAAAAACUACUCCGACAAAGUACACAACUUCGACAACUGUUGUUCAACCUUCAUACUCGUAUGACGUAAAUGUCACGAAUCGGAAUAUACAAAGUAUUCAAAAAGAAACCAAAAAAAAAACUAAAACGGUAUUUGUACAUGGUAUUCCACCGCCAGAGGUCAUAUAA